AGUCUCUGCUGAAUGAGGAAGCAGCAGAGCCAUUUUCACUCUUGAGAAACUACACGCCGGUGUGCCUGUGCUUGAGAGAGCGCCAGCCCAGGGGAUCAAAGUCCUCCUGGAUUUGCUCCGGGAUCCCCCUCUCCCUUGUGCUUGCCUGGCGUACCUUCCACUCUGGCUGCUGGAUUUAAUUUUAAGUUGGGGAGGCCCAGAAGAAGACACAAUGGAGCGAAGAGCCUUUGGCAACUGGGCCGUUGUACUACUGAGAGGGGGAUGGGGUAGAGAGAAGACCGGUUCACACAGCUAACACAGCCUGCCAGGCUGCAGGCUUCCGUGGCCUCUCCGCCUCCUCUCCCGAACCCGCUCUUCCCGUCCCGGGCUGUUUCUUUUCUUUUCCUGGAACAACCGCCCCCUCAAACUCCACUAGGACUACGCAAUGGAUUUACUCGUCAUGUUCUGUGGGAUUUUAGGAUACACACCAGAGCCUCGGGCUUAAAUCUGUGCCCUGGAUGACGGAAAAGGAAACACAAACUUUCCUAUAUCUUUUUUUAACCUCCUUUUGGGAUUGUGGCUUGUCUCAGUGUCGUGGAGUUUAUUUAAAUGGAUUACAAGAUGCAUGCCAAGUCCAAUGAUUUGCUGGAUUUCCAAAAACUGGAUGCCCUUCUGGAAAAGAUUGCGCAUUCAGUCUCAGUGAAAAGAGAGUCCAGCGAAGAGUGCAAUGGGAUCAGUGGUGCUCUGUCAGUGGAGUCUGUGCCGGGGCCAAGAUUGAACUGGUGUACUGCCAACCCCGCUCCCUCUGCCCUCGCUCCAGCCCCUGCUCCGGGGCCAGAGCCCAUGCCCAACCCUGUCAGAAUGGGGGACGGCCUGGAUGCAGCGCAGAUGUCGGGCAGCAGCAGCAGUAGCAGCGGCAGCCAGGGGCAGCCCCAGACGGCAAGCAACCCUGCGCCCCCGGAAUACAGCAACCCUGACAGACCUAAGCGCCAGACCAAUCAGCUGCACUACCUGCUCAAGGUGGUGGUGAAGGCCCUGUGGAAGCACCAGUUUGCCUGGCCCUUCCAAGCACCGGUGGAUGCAGUCAAACUCAAUCUGCCUGACUACUACACAAUAAUAAAAAAUCCUAUGGACAUGGGAACAAUUAAGAAAAGGCUUGAAAACAGCUACUACUGCAAUGCCCAAGAAUGUAUUCAAGACUUCAACAAGAUGUUUACCAACUGCUACAUGUACAAUAAGCCUUCCGAUGACAUAGUCUUAAUGGCUAAAGCUCUUGAGAAGGCUUUUCUCCAAAAGGUCGCCGAAAUGCCUCAGGAAGAAAUUGAGAUUCCGGUCAUGACAGGGAAGGGCAGGGGCCGAGGUCGAAGAGAUGCCGGUCUCAGCUUGAAACCAGGGGCUAUAAUCGAUCCUUUGUCCACAACUCCUCAAACACGGGGCCUGUCAAACCUCUCAGCAGCACCUCAGAUCAGAGCACCGGUGCAGGGCCCGCCUUCACUACCUCCUCAGCCUUUAAUGCAGGCCCUACCGUCCCACGUUCCCCCAACGUUAGCAAGCCACGCACCGCAGCUUGGAGUACCCUACUCCUUGGGCCAACUGGAUUGCACUCUUCAAGUUCCUAUGAUGACCUCUGUGCCUCCCCCUGCUCAGACCUCCCUUCCCCCAACAUCCAUCCAGAGCACUGCCCCCCUGCUGCAAAACCCUAUCACCAUGACCAAACAAAGAAAGAGCCAGAAACGAAAAGCAGACACUACGACACCGACCGCUAACGACCAGCUCAAUGAGUCUUCCCCGGCGGAGUCCAAGUCGGGUAAGACGCUGCCCCGGCGGGAGAGCACCCGCCCCACCAAAAUGAUCAAGAAGGAGGCACCGGACUCGCAGCAUCAAGUAGCGAUGGGGAUGGGACUGAGUGGCCCGAGUAGCGGCCAUAGCCCCAUCCCGCAAGAUCAGCUGGGAUACUGUUUGAGUCUGGUCAGGGAGAUGUUGUCCAAGAAACAUACGACGUACGCCUGGCCCUUCUACAAGCCUGUGGACGUGGCUGCACUGGGACUGCACGAUUAUCAUGACAUCAUCAAGCAUCCCAUGGACCUAAGCACCAUUAAGGCCAAGCUGGAGAACAGGCAAUACCGGGAUCCCCAGGAGUUUGCUGCUGAUGUGCGGUUAAUGUUUUCCAACUGCUACAAAUAUAAUCCGCCAGACCAUGAGGUGGUGGCUAUGGCACGCAAGCUACAGGACGUGUUUGAGAUGCGCUUUGCCAAGAUGCCUGACGAGCCAGAGACCAAGCCUCUCGCUUCCAUCCCAGCUCCUCCGCUUCACCACCCCGCCCCGGUUAAACCCCAGCCUCCGAUGGGCCACGUCGCGUCUUCCUCCGACAGCUCCAGCGACUCCUCCUCCGAGUCCGAGUCGUCAACGGACGACUCGGAAGAGGAGCGAGCUCAGAGACUGGCGGAGCUCCAGGAGCAGCUGAAGGCUGUCCACGAGCAGCUGGCUGCCCUGUCCCAGCCUCAAGCCAGCAAACCAAAGAGAAAAGAGAAGGAAAAGAAAGAGAAGAAGAAAGACAAACACAAGAAGAAAGUUGGCAUGCCCGGCCUUGUCGACGAGAUCCAGGAUGCUACACCUGUUUCACAGCUGUCUAAAAGGACCAAGUCCAGUACCAAUAACAACAAAGAGCUUCCCAAGAAGAAAUCCAGUAAAAAAGAGGGGAUGAAAAACAGUCAACCCUCCAACCUUUCGCCUGUUCUCAGCCUGGAAGACGAUCUGGCAACUCUGGCGUCAGGGGAAAAGUGCAAGCCGAUGACGUACGAAGAGAAGAGGCAGCUCAGCCUGGAUAUCAACAAGCUUCCUGGUGACAAACUUGGCCGCGUGGUGCAUAUCAUCCAGUCUCGAGAGCCCUCGCUCAAGAACUCCAACCCUGAUGAGAUUGAGAUUGACUUUGAAACGCUCAAGCCUUCCACGCUGCGGGAGCUCGAGCGAUACGUGUCCACGUGCCUUCGAAAGAAGAAGAAAGGUGGAGCGGAGAAGUCUUUGGAGUCCAUGGCUUCCUCCAAAAAGAUGGGCUCUUCUUCAGAUAGCAGUGGCUCCAGCUCAGAGAGCGAAAUGGAGGCUCCAGGGAUUGUAAAGCAGCAAAAGAAGAAGGCCCAGUCUGUGAAGGAGGGGAAGAAGACACACUAUAACGUACAGGGUGUUCCAGCUCAGGCUGUGCUUCAUCCUCAUGCAGCAGCUUUUCAGCCUCAGAUGAAGCAACAUCAGCCACCUCCUGUGGACUACAUGGCUCCGCCUGUCACAGCCCUGGAGUCUUCCCAAAACUUGGAGAGCAGCUUUGAGUCCCUGCCUUCUUUCGGCCAGCCCCUCAUGCAUCUUUCCCACCACACUGGCAACUCCUCGUCCCCGGCGCCGCCUCAGCUCAGUGCUAACCCUCCUGGGCCAGUGUCACCUGAGACACAUCCCUUCCUCAAUCAACAUCAUAUUCUCCCAUCUCCAGCCUUGCACAGUUCCUUGCCCCAGCAGCCCUCUCGGCCCAGUCACAAGGCAGCACCUCUUCAUCCCAAACCCCCUCAGCAGCAACCAGCACCUCCCCAGCAGCAGCAGCAGCCAGUGUUGCAGCAACAGCCGACCUUGCAGCAACAGCCAACAUUGCAGCAGCAGCCCAUGUUGCAGCAACAUCAGCAGCUCCAAGCCCAGUCAGCAGCUCCACCGCAUCAGCUCCCCAUGCAGAUCCUUCACCCUCCUCAGCCCAUGCACCAGAGGCCCAUGUCCCCACCGACACUCACACCCCAGGGCUUGCUGUCUUCCCAGCCUCCCCAGAUGCUGCUAGAGGAUGACGAAGAUUCAGGAUCUACAACACCUAUGAACCAAGUGCAAUUGUACCUGCAGCAGUUUCAGCAAGCCCGCCAGCCCCAGCAGCCCAUGCAGUCGCUCCAGGCACAGGCUCGACAGCAGCAGCAGCAGCAGCAGUCAGGACAGUCAUCUCUGCUGCAGUCAGUUCAGAGCCAACCUCAGCUCUCAUCCCAGAACGCACUGCCGACCCCUCAGCUUCCAAUUCAGGCCCAGGCUUCGGUAGCGCCGUCGCAUCAAGCCCCACCCCAGCAGUUGUCCCUCCACCAGGGCCGCCAUCUGCCACAUAGUCACCCUCAGCCUCAGCAGCAGCAGUCGCAACAGCAGCAGCAGCUGAGCUAUCAGCAGGUUCCUGCGCUCAUUGGUCAGCCUCAGGGGCCACCACACAAGGUGGUCAUGCCCAGCAGCAAAGCACAGCAGAUCCUCCAGCAGCAGCCACCAGAGCAGCUGUCCCCUCGCCCGGCCAAGCCUGACGCUUUCCUCACAGGUCACAUGAGGGAUAAUCCAUCCCCUCUCAUGAUGCAUUCCCCACAACUUCCCCAGUACCCUCCAGUGUCCCACCAGUCCCCCCCUCAUCAUAUGCAGCCCAAGAAGCAAAGGGCUCCAGGGAGUCAAGGAGGGCUCAAAGAGGAGAAGCUUCCUCCUUCACCGGUGAUGAGAGGAGAGCCAUUUAACCCUGCCAUAAGGCCAGAGCAUCACAAGCAUCCCGACAGCAAGCAGUCUCAGCCGGGCCUCAGCCAGCAGAGUAAGCAACAAAGACAUGCAGAUGUGAAGUCCAUGGACAGUUCUCGACCUGUCAUCCGCUCCUCUGAGCCCAGUGGACCGCCACCCUCCCUGCAAGACAAGGAGAAAUUCAAGCAGGAAUCCAAGGCACCCACUGCACCCAAAAAGGAUGUGAAACUGAAAAACAUGGGCUCGUGGGCCAGCCUGGCACAAAAGUCCACAUCUACGCCCUUGUCCGCUGUCAAGUCCUCGAGCGACAGCUUCGAGCAGUUCCGCCGAGCCGCUCGUGAGAAAGAGGAGCGGGAAAAGGCCCUCAAGGCGCAAGCUGAGCAGGCGGAAAAGGACAGACUACGUCGAGAGCAGGACAAACUACGAGGCCGGGAUGACGACGACAUCCUGGAGCCGAGCAGAAGGGUGCACGAGGAACCGAGCAGGCGUAUGGAGCAGCAGCACCAUCACCACCAACACCAACAGCAGCAGCAGCAGCAGCACAUCCAAGUGCCCCCACAGCAACCCCCACAGCAACCUGAGCCUCAGCCAGCUGUCAUCCAGCCUCCCCCGCAGCCCCCAACGCCGCCUCAGCCCGCCGUACAGAGUCCGCUUGACCAGCAGAGGGAGCUAGCACGGCGACGGGAGCAGGAGAGGAGGCGACGAGAAGCGAUGGCAGCAACGAUUGACAUGAAUUUCCAAAGUGACUUAAUGGCCAUCUUUGAGGAGAACCUCUUUUGAGCAGAGGUGAAGUGGAAACCUAACUGCAAAAAAAAAAAAAAAAAGACCCCCCCACACAGAAGGAUGACCACAUCGUCAUGGGGUGUCGUAGAGAGCGAGGACCCACAUAUGGGCACACUCUGCUUUUUUUUUUUUUGUCUCGCUGCGCUCUUGCAGGGCUCGGACGACGAUGUGUUGGAGGGGCGAAGGAAGCCGAGAAAAUAUGCUCUGAUGACUUACUGACACGUGAACUCAAGCGGAGAACAAGACUGCGAUCUCUCUCUCUCUCUCUCUCACUCACUCUCUCUUUUUUAUGUUCUGUUUGUUGGAUGCGAACACAUGAAACGGUCUGAGUGGGGAGGGAAGGGUUGGGUGAGGAGGUGGGUGGGGGCGGGGGCUUCCACACUGUAAAUGAUGUAUAUUUCUCAAUAGAGAAGGUACAGUUUGCCUUACACAUCUCUCUUUAAGACCAUGCGGUUCUGUGGCCUGCACACACAUUUAAAAAAACAUUUAACCACAACUACAACAUGUAGGAGCAGUACAAGCUUUGUUUCCCCCCUCCCAUCAUUCUAUCUACUGUAAAGAAGUAUUUUCUUAUUCUACAAUAACUAUUAUUUGUAUUAUUUUCCCUCUUUAGCUCUUUUGAAUCCAUACAGUCAUCUCUCACCCACACACACAUCUAUGCCAAACAACCUUUUAUGCUCACUUUCCUGUCCUCCAUCAUUUAUAGGUAGCUAGCAUCAAAACAAAUAUAUGCAUCACCAUCAUAAUUCCAAUUCAAGUAUUUAACGACGGUUGAAGGUUUCAUAGGUCAGGAGCUUUAGUUUUAUUAUUAUUAUUAUUAUUAUUAUUUGACUACAAAGAGAAACUGCGUACCUGUAUCUAACCACCUCAUUUGCUUGUUGAAAAAUGUUCAUAUCAGAAGUCACACUACUGGAUUUGUAGUCACGCGUCCGUUCUAGAAGUUUCUAUCUUUGUUCUUCGUUCUAGUGGAUGUGAGUAAGCGGGGAGGGGUGGGGGAAACCUCUGGUGUAAUUCAGUCAGCUUGUCUCCUGUAUGUUUUUUGUUUUGUUUUGUUUUCCUCCAGUGCCUGUAUUGUAUUUUUUUUAUUAUUACACUAGGAAGGGGUGGGGCAGGAGCGAGUGUAAUACCAUUUGAAUUUCUUUUUGAAAGAGUUUUGUGUUCAAAAAAAAAAAGAGAAGAGAAGAGAGAAGGAAAAAAGACAGCGUUUUUAUACUUGGCCCGGCAUUGGGGUUUUAAAUUUAGUUUUAGCUGGACUUCUAAUGUGUGCGCUUUCUCAUUUUAGCUCCAUUUGUCUCAGCGUUACAUUAGCUUAUGUGUGUGUGGGUGUGUGAUUGUGUACAUUUGAAUGGCUGCGUGACUGCUUUUGUGUGUGCUUUUUUUAAGUGUGUGAUGCACAGAUGCGUGCCCUGAUGCAGAGAAGCGUUCUAGUGUAGAAGAGAACUCUUUUUUGUGCUUAAGCCACCUUUUUAAUUCCCAUUGAAGUCCACCGAAUAUGAAUAUCACUUCUAUCGUCGAGAACAUGGCUUUGAAUGGACAAAGAAGUCAACUCCUUCUUAGCUUUGGUUUGCUCCUUUUCACAAUAACUGUCAAUAACUGUGCCAUGUGUUCUACGGAGAAUGUGCUGACUCGGCCCGAGAGUUUGAUCCAUUCAGGUAUUUUAUUUUGUGUUACAUGUGUUCAGCUGUUUUGGGGGGUUUUGUUCAGGCAAUGUCCUCGAUUUAUUGUUUUGCUAUGUGAGAUCUCUGAUUGAGUCUGUUAUGAUCAUUGAAUAAAUUCAUCUUUUAUAGAAAA